UUCUCAGUCAGCACUAAUUGUGUCACACUCACAUGCAUUACUACAAGAGCCAAACUACUAUUAACACAACACACAAUCUCUCUUCCUUGAUGUGAAACCGAAAUUUGACAGAUGAAGAAAUCUGGAAUUCCCUUGACUCUGAUGAUAUUAUUGUCCUGGUUUGCGGCCUUGGCGUGGUGUGAUGGUGAGAUAAUAAGAUCGGUUCAUGUUCUUGACCUGAUGAUAAGAGACUACACGUUCAAGUCAGUGGACAAGAACUUCAAGACAGGGACAGCAGAGUCAGUGAAGUUACCUUCAAAGCUAGCAGGGAUCAGUGUUGACACAGUAAGGUUCAGAUGUGGAAGCUUAACAAGGUACGGUGCUGAACUAAAGGAGUUUCAUCUCAAUGUUGGUGUAACCGUUCAUCCAUGUAUUGAGAGGGUCAUGUUGAUAAGACAAAAUAUGGGGUCUAAUUGGUCUUCUAUAUAUUAUUCUAACUAUGAUCUAUCUGGCUACCAGCUUGUUUCUCCAAUUCUGGGACUCUUAGCUUACAAUGCUGAUCAAGAUUCCAAUUCUUCCAACUCAAGCAUCAACCCUUUUCAACUUGGAAUUGUGUCUGGUGAUAAACCUCUCACUAUUGAUUUCACCAAUGCUACAAAACUGAAUGAGGGGACCCCCUUGUGUGCUAGUUUUGAAGGAGACGGGAGAAUGACGGUGGCGAAAGCCAGCGAAAAUUCACCGUUUGUUUGCGUUGCCAAGAGGAAUGGGCAUUUUGGGAUGGUGGUUGUGGAUUCUGAAGUGGAUGAGUAUAAUAAGAAGCCCAUAGCUCAGUGGAAAGUGGCGGUUGGAAGCACAAUUGGUGCUGCAUUAGGUGCUUUCCUUCUUGGGUUGCUCCUCGUGGCGAUGCUUGUGAGGGUGAAGAAGAGAUCAAGAAUGGUGGAGAUGGAAAGAAGGGCCUAUGAAGAAGAAGCUCUUCAGGUUUCAAUGGUUGGUCAUGUCAGAGCUCCUACUGCUUCUGGAACAAGAACCACGCCCACACUUGAGCAUGAGUACAUAAAUUCUCAUCUUAAUUAAGCAUUGUUGCUGCUCAAUACUUUGAUCAAUCGAAUCAUUUUUGUAACAUUAAAUACUACAUUUGUAUAAUUAGUUUCAAUUACAACAGUUCUUUGCUGCCUAUGUUAUUCAUUCAUAA